AUGGCAACUAAACUUAUUAAUAAUACUUUAAAGUCCAUUACAGGUCAUCGUCUCAUUGUCAAUCAACAUCAAAGUGUGAUGUCCAUUGACAAUAAAGUCGAUGACGUGGCAGAUUACAUUGACUUUAUUAAUGAAUGUGGAGUGAGGCAGGGGGGGUUGAGCUCUCCCAAUCUUUUUAACCUGUAUGUCAAUGCGCUGAUUGAGGGGCUCAGCAGCAUGAGGGUCGGAUGCCAUAUUAGUGGCGUAUGUUUCAAUAAUAUCAGCUACGCGGAUGACAUGGUGCUGCUGGCCCCCUCUGUCAGCGCAAUUAGGAGGAUGCUGGCUUUUUGCGAGUCAUACGCUGAGACGCAUGGAUUGGUGUACAAUAACAAGAAAAGUGAAUACCUAGUCUUCAAGGCUGGCAACAGACUACCAGAAAAUAUACCCUUAAUAAAGUUAAACGGGGCAUGUCUUGUUAGAGUACACCAAUUCAAGUACCUAGGUCACAUUGUCACAGAAGACCUAAAGGAUAAUGUUGAUAUUGAGCGAGAACGCAGGGCGUUGUCGAUCAGGGCGAACAUGUUGGCCCGCAGAUUUGCUCGUUGCUCAACACCAGUUAAGAUCACGUCUUACAACGCCUUGCGUGUACAGUACUAUAACGCCUUUAGGGCAUUGUUGGGGCUGCCGCGGUACUGCAGUGCCUCUAGUAUGUUCGCGCACGCAGGGGUCGACAGUUUCCCGGCCAUUCUGCGCAAAAAAGCUAGCUCACUUUUAAGGCGAGUGCGCGGCAGCCGCAACAAUGUCUUAAGGGUCAUCGCCGAUAGCGGGGACUGUCCACUACUCAGGCUUUUGUGUGAUAUUACAAGGUCACUUUUAGUUAUUAAGUACUAACAUUAGUUAUUAAGCUUUCAUCUUUUAUUUUAACUAACAAUUAUGGACCUCUUUGUUGUCUGAGUAAUAAACAUUUUUAUUUUUA